AUGAUAAUUGAUGAGUCAACUGAUAAGUCUGCUACUAAACAUUUAGCUGUUAUUGUACGUUUAUUAGAUCAUAAUGUUUAUGAAGUAAGAGAUGAGUUUUUAUGUUUAAUUGAUAUGAGUGAUGGAAGAGCACAGGGAGUGUAUAACACUAUUAUAAAUUUUUUUGGUGAGCAUUUCGUACCAUAUAAAAAAAACUUAGUUGGCUUUGCAGCAGAUGGGGCUAGUGCUAUGUUUGGUUCAAAACACUCAGUAAAAGUGUUAUUUGAGAAAGAUAUUCCCUAUUUAUAUUCUAUGAAGUGUAUUUGUCAUUCAUUAGUGUUAGUCGCCUCAUACGCUACUAAAAAAAUUCCAGAUACUAUAGAAAAAUUAGUUGGAGAAAUAUACACAUACUUCAUGUACAGUUUUAAGAGACAAAGUGAAUAUACAAGCAAUUUUAAACAUUUUGUGAAUUGA